CCGCAGCCCAAUUUGCGACAGCUGUACGUGCUUUUUGGCAAAAGUAGGUUACAAAAAGGUGUGGGUUUCUACGGAAACGGAUAGGGGGGAGCAGUCCUUUGAGGAAGAUGUGAAAGACGAGUCCUCAGGAAAGCAUGAGAGAGAAAAGAGAUGAAAGUAUGGUGAAACACCUCUUUGGGUUGUAUGAUGGAAGGACUGGGAAAUGAGAGAUCCAUAUGCAGCUCUAGAUCCUACCCAUGGCUCAGCCACCCCAAAACAGAGGCUUCAACCCUUUUAUGGAAACUCAAAGACUGCUUCUCCACCAAUGAGGCAACUUCUGCUCUUCACACAGAUAAAGAAAGCAAUUACAUGGACAGACAGGCUGUGCUGGAACUGAAAGAUGUACCUCCUCCACCCCUGCACCAUACUACUUCCCAAUCAUCCCAGCCCUUCUCUCUGGCCCCUCUCCCUUUGCCCCCUCCCUGCUUGCCUCCUCCUCAACUUACACAAGACUCUCACCAACAACAACUACUACCACCGCAACAGCAACAAGAGGGGGUUAGCCCCAAAGUAAGCAUUUGCACUCAAUGUGACUGUUGCAGGACAGAUGGCUAUGGGUUAUUAGGUGGCGGAGGUGUUGUUGGUAACAGUAGCAGCAUUGCUGGUGUCUCUGUAUAUAUUGCUCCAAGCUCUCUGGGAGCCAGCAGCAGCAGCAGCAGUAGCAUUAGCAGGUCUGGCUCUUGCUCUGUGGCUUCAUCUGUUCAUCAGUAUAAACAUAAUUUGAGCACCAGAAGUAGAGGUGAAGUUCUUGACCCUUCAUUCAGUCUUGCUUGCAAACCUCAGCUGCUCUCUUCUGUUGCUACCUCUCAGCCUAUUUCAUCACACCCCUACCUCUCCUGCUGCUCAGGGCUUCUGCACACCUACUCAUCUGUACCUCUUCCAUGCAGCCAACCCAGCCUGUUUACAUCCUCAGCCCCUCUUGCUUCCUCUCUCUCGUGUGUUUCCUCUCUACGAACUCCCUUGCAUGGCUCUUGCCUGGCCUCUUCUGGCUACUACCCAUGUGGUGUGGACUGCUGCCCAUCUGCCAGAAGACCCCAGAUAAGCACUUUUGGUGAUCACACAACUACCACCACCAUGACCACUACAACCACCUCAGCACACUUCUGCUCUAAUCCUAUGCACCUAAAUGUAGAACGCACGGUGUGUGUGAAGGGGGCACACUACUGCCAGGAGUGCCUGUUGAAGCCCAUGAACGGUCUGACGUCUGAUUCAGAUAAGGUGUGGCCCAAUGUUCCUGCUCCCCAGACUGCUCCUAUCCCUAUUUGCAAUGGCUGUGGCACUUCCUCUGAUGGCAUGAUGCUCAUGCCAUCAACCAGCCUUACUAAGACUGGCCAGAAAUAUGGUUCUCCAGAGAGUAGUGGCCCCGAGAAUAUACCCCCGGUGGGUGUUUUCUGGGACAUUGAGAACUGCAGUGUGCCCAGCGGACGCUCUGCUGGAGCUGUGGUCCAGCGUAUUCGCAGCCGCUUCUUUCAGGGCCACCGCGAGGCAGAAUUUAUUUGCGUCUGUGAUAUCAGCAAGGAGAGUAAAGCUGUCAUUCAAGAGCUCAACAACUGCCAGGUUACUGUUGCACACAUCAACGCCACAGCCAAGAAUGCCGCAGAUGACAAGCUUCGCCAGAGCCUGCGGCGCUUUGCUGAGACUCACACUGCACCUGCAACUGUUGUACUUGUAUCAUCGGAUGUGAAUUUUGCAAGUGAACUAAGUGACCUACGACAUCGCCAUGGGUUCCAGGUAAUCCUGGUCCAUGGCAACCAUACGUCUUCUGCCCUGCUGCAGCACGCCCACUGCCAUGUGGCCUUUCAGGAGAUCACAGCUGAUCUGCCACCACGCAUGCUUGUCAAAGCACAGCCCAGUUUCAACCUCCUCUAUGUGCACAACCUCCCUGUCAACUGUGACAAGAGCCUGCGGAACACUGUGAAGCUCAGGCUCCGCCGCCUGUCAGACAACUGUGGUGGCAAGGUGCUGGGCAUGUCCCAGGGCACAGCAGUCCUCCGUUUUGGCAGCCCAGAGGCAGCUUCACGUGCCCGCAAGCGAAUGGAAAAUGAGGAUGUGUGUGGCCAUCGAAUCAGCCUCUCCUUCUCCCCACGACCCAGAGAUGAUGCAAGCCCUGAGCCUGAGUUUCAGUCUCAGCCCCAUCACUUGCCUCAGACACUGCCCCAGAUCUAUCAAAACCAAGAUUUAAUGUUCACCCCUACCCCAUGCACAUCCUCUUUUUCCUUUCUGCCCCUGGAGAAGCCCAGGUCACCCAGGAGGCCGCGGCGUGCCACCCGCCCAUGUCACACCACAGGCCCAGUGCCUGAAAGGCCCUACAGCCCCAGGAGGGGGUGCAGUGGGCCUCCCGGUGGUGCUCCAGCCAAGCCCCAUCAGAUCCAGGAGUUAGGUGGUUUGGAGGGCAAGCCCAGAAUGGGUUUCCAUCACCUGGAGAAAGGAUGUGCUGCCUCCUCUUCCCCCAACAGUAAUGGUGAGACACCAGUCCUGGAGCCGCUGUCUAAGCCUGGCCUCACUGGAGAGUCCAUGUACAGGAGAAGUCGAAGAGAGGACUCCACUCCUCGCAGUGUGACUGAAUCCCCUGUAGAACAAAAGGACAGGAGCUCAGCAGAGUUCCAGAUUAGCACACCUUCAGCCUUCAGCAAGUUAAAUCUGCACAGGAGUUUCAGUCCCCUCGUCCUGUCCCAGGGCUCCUGGUCUUCCAGGAGUGCAUCUCCCUGCCUGUCCAGCCGGUCCUCUCCCCUCCUCACUGCCCCUCGUAGUCCGUGUCCUGAAGGUCCUCCUGAGCCUUUCUCAGAAGGGGCAGAGGUUCAAGUGGCCAACCUAGACUACAGAAUGUCCCGCAAGGAUUUGCAGCAGACACUCCAUGACACCUUUUCCCGAUAUGGUCGGUUGAAAGCUGUGGAGCUCAGCCCCCACACUGACUAUCAGCUGAAGGCCACAAUCCAGAUGUUAUCCCUGCGACAGGCCAUAAGUGCCGUUAGUGGCUUGCAUCGUUAUAAAAUUGGAGGCAAGCGUAUUCAGGUGUCUCUGAUCACUGGUGGCAGCAACAAAUCUCUUGCUAUGCUCAGCACUGAGAUCAUCAGCAUUCUUCACGAUGCACCUGCCAAUUGUCUUCCCCUCUUCAAGUUCACAGAGAUUUAUGAGAAAAAAUAUUCCCGUAAGCUUGUGGUUGGUGAUCUAUACAGAUUGCCAGAGGUGGUGGCAGUGCGAGAACAGGGAGGCUCAAGGCUUGUGUGUCUUCUGCCCAGCAGCCAAAUCCGUCAGAGCCCACUGGGAUCUUCCCAGUCCCAGGAGGCCUCCUCCUCUGCUAGCGGCAGCCCCGUGGUGUUUGAAGAGCUGGAGUACCAUGAACCUGUCUGUAGACAGCACUACACACAGCAGGACUUCAGUGAGGCUGACUUCGACCCUGAUUCCUAUAAAAUACCUUUUGCUGUGAUGUCUCUGAGCACCUUAGCCUCUGAGGUCCACACUUUGUUGCAGUCACAUGAGGGAACUCUUCCUUUACUCAGUUUUCCAGACUGCUAUGCAGCAAAAUUCAGCCCUCUGCAGCUAGGCAGUGAGACCAUGGAGGGUGGUGUUCCUCUGGAGCACCUCAUUACUUGUGUUCCCAGUAUCACAAUAGUCACAGCUCAGAAUGGCUUCAAGGUCAUCAAGUGGAUCCAUAAUAAACCACCAGCACCAAACUCCGAGCCAUGGAUUCAACGCUGCAAAAGUCCUGUUGGAAACCCACAGCUCAUCCAGUUCAGUCGAGAGAUCAUUGACCUGUUGAAGAAUCAGCCUUCUUGCAUAAUGCCCAUAAGCAAAUUCAUACCCUCAUACCAUCAUCACUUUGCCAAGCAAUGCCGUGUGUCUGACUAUGGUUACUCCAAGUUGCUGGAGCUUCUGGAGGCUGUGCCACAUGUCCUCCAGAUCUUGGGUAUGGGUACCAAGCGUUUACUGACCCUGACCCAUCGUGCUCAAGUGAAGCGCUUCACCCAAGAUCUGCUCAAGCUGCUUAAAUUUCAAGCCAGCAAACAAGUGGCAAUCAAGGACUUCAUGCAGGCGUACCAUUGGUGCUUCUCCAGAGACUGGAGGGUAAUCGACUAUGGCAUAUGUGAUCUGAUGGACCUGCUGACGGAGAUCCCCGACACCACCAUCACUAUUACAAAUCAGGAUACAGACACAGUCAUCUCUGUUCCCAAGAAAGAGCGUACAGUGGAGGAAAUGGAGCGUACUAAGCAGUUUGGAAAGGAGGUGGUGGACCUUCUCCGUCACCAGCCUCACUGCCGAAUGCCCUUCAGUAAAUUCAUCCCCACCUACCACCAUCACUUCGGUCGUCAAUGCAAGCUCAGCUAUUACGGCUUCACCAAGCUUAUGGAGCUCUUCGAAGCAAUCCCCGACAUACUGAUGGUGUUGGAGUGUGGUGAGGAGAAAGUCCUGACUCUGACAGAAGUGGAGCGAAUCAAGGCUCUGGCGGCUCAGCUGGUCAAGCUGCUUCGGGCUCAGAAAAACUCCAGCCUUCCUGUCAGCCAGCUGCUCACAGAGUACAGCAAGACCUUUGGUUAUGGUCUACGCCUGCAGGACUACGACGCCAGCUCCCUGCCGGCUCUGCUGACCAAACUCUGCCAUGUUGUCAAGGUGGUGGAUGGUUCUGAGGGCCGGGAGGUGCAGUUGAUCAACAGGAAGUCUUUGCGCUCACUGACCUCCCAGCUACUGGAUCUGCUCAUGUCCCAAGAGGAGGAACAAGUCAUCAAUGGUCUGAGAGUGGAGGACUUGAGCGAGCGUUACUGUGUGAUCCAUGGAGCCCCACUCAACCCAUGUGAAUAUGGCUUCCUCUCCCUCAGCGAAUUACUCAAGAGCCUGCCCUACCUUGUGGAGUUGUACCAUGAAGAAAGCAAUGACAACAAAGCUGGCAACGCUGCCAGUGGUCAUGGUGAGGAGUGGGUUAGGCUCACCAGGCUUUACCAGUUUGCCCGUAAUGUACGCGCCCUGCUCCACACCUAUCAUUACAACCAGAUCUUCCUGACUGAUUUCCAGGGAGCGUAUAACAAAUUUACAGGCUGCUGCCUUGAACCACGUUCCUAUGGAUACAUGAGCAUUGAUGAGCUGCUCAGUGCCAUUCCACAGGUGGUCUGGAUCAAAGGGCACGGUCGCAAAAGGAUUAUCGUUUUGAAGAACGAUAUGAAAGCAAAGGGAAGCUCUUCAGCCCCCACCAGCCCCCAGCCAGGAGAGAACAUGGAGAGCCCACGGGACAGCCCAGUUAGCAACAAAAUUUCUGGAGCCCAGAGUCCAGGUGGAGAUGCAGCUGCAGAGUCAGAGCUGCUGUGUCUGACAUCACCAGUAGACCUGCUGUGUGGUCCUGUACCAUCCUGCCUGCCGUCACCUCAACUCCACCCCGACCCCAUUCUGCUCCAGCAGAUGGACCUGAUUCACUUUGAGGAGAAAACUUCACCAACAGUGAGUGAUGAACCUGAGGUGACAGCUGAUGGUGCGUCUGAACCACCUGAGCAGCCUGGCAGCACAGAAGACUCCACAGCCACCAAACCACCACCACCCCCUGACACGAAGACCCCCUUGUCCAUGGACAGUCCCAGCAGAAGAGCCAUGCGCAGUAGAAUUAAGCUGGCUGCCAACUUCUCCUUCACAGCAGGCCUCUGAUCCUCCAGGCCUCCUUCUCAUCUACACACACAAAUCAGUACUAGAUCACACAUAGUGUAACUCUAAAUACAAGAGUUGACCGGCUACACUGAACGCAUACUGCACAGAUCCCAUAAGAGCAUAGGUAUUGUCCCCUCUGCAUCCUGACAGGCUGUUGCAUUCUUCUGCUCUCUUCUUAAUCACUCAUCGGCCAUCUUUGUUCUCUUUAAUUGUUUCAAAAUCAGUGUUUUCUUCCGAUGAUGUUCACCAAGCUGUGAUUUUCUUCUUGCAGAUUUUCUGCAGUUCUUUAAUUUGCCAAAUUCAUCUACUGUAACCUCUGUUUCAUUUCAUCUGGAGGGAAGUUAAAUUGUAUUUCUGUGAAUGUGCAUCAUCAGUUUAGAACCACUUUGUGUCAAAGAACACUUCUAGCUUACAGAGUAUGCAGAAUCUAAAAAUGAGUUAGUUGUCACUGUGUACAAAGUAUUAGGUGAUACUAGGGGAAAUGCCAGGGAGGAGUAGUCAGUUUUUCUAUGUUAAAUCCAAGAAAUGAAGUUACUCGCACUCUCAGUUUAUAAGAUUGACAAAUAAUAGAAGGUUUAGAGAAGUUCUGUUCAUGUAGCAUAUUAAAAAACCUUUGUGUAUACUUCCUUGCUGUAUUCCCAAAGACAGAGCAUUUAAUUUAAGGCAUUCACACAGUUUUGAACUCAUUUUAAAUUUCCUGAGGUUUUGCUUUGUAGGUAACUCAACUUGACAACCAAACUGGCCUCUGGCAUCUGCCCGUUUCAUUCUUUCAGUCUUGUCUUGGGUAAAGAUUUCUAAAGAGGUAGCUUCUCUUUGAGGUCUCUUCUCCACUUUGUCUCUUGUAGCCUGAAGACAGUAUUUUCUGUUGCUUUUUCGUGUGUAGAGUGUUUAGCAGUCUGUGGAAGAGUUUGGCGUGGUGCUUCUGAAGAGAUGAACAUUACAAUGAACUGAGACAGUGACUUUUGCUAAAAGAAGCUAACAGUCUGUUGACAGUUCAAGCAUGAAUGGUAAAGUUUUGAUUGACAUUGCAACAAGCAUUGCUCUCAGGAAUUUUUAUUCUUGCAGAACAUUGGCUUAAUUUAUCGCAAAAGAUUUGGCUCAUCUCUCCAGGGGCUGCUUCAGAAUGCCAGACAGGGGAAAGGUGGCUCUUUCAAACGCUGGCCAGGUGCGUGCUUGGGCAGCAGGAACUGCAGUAUACUUUGAUUGUUUGGCUUUACCCAGCAGCCAGUGUAUUUGUGUUCUUUUAGCUGUAUUUUGUCUGUGUGUGUGGUUUACACUGGAUUAGGUGGUGUGAAAUAUGCGUGGGGUGCAUAAAUGAAUUUAUGCAUAGUGUAAGCCCGAGUAGAGCAGACAGGAACAGAUGAUGGAAAGAGAUUCUUUAAGAUCGGUCUUUUAUUUUCCACCAUGUUUUAGGGAUCUUAAGGGUUGGCCGUCACCCUUGCAGUUGCCUCAUAAAUGCUCAAGGUUUUUUGAAGUUAACCUUGUUGCUGGUAGUUUCUGCAUCUGUCGUGAUGUCCACACUGUCUGAGUUGAAGAGUUCGAGGGAGGCAGUUAGCACUCCUGAGUUUUUGAUUUUUAAUAGCAAGGUGAAUGGUUGUGAGUUUUUAGGGGUAAGAGAUGGGACAGGAGGCGAUGGGCUGUUUAUGGAGCACCAUGGGGGCUCUGGGUAGCCUCCUGAACAGACUGCGACGUACACAGAGAGGACCUCUGCGGCUCUCUGGACUCUGCCGGGCUUUUACAAUGGCUUGUAUUUGCCACGGUGCCAAAGGAAUCACCAUUGCACCUCCCCGUCUCUUGCAUCUCACGUAGAGGAGUUUUUACGUACUGAUGUUUGCUGGUUUCUCUGUUUUCCUCUGUCUCAAUUGGUAGAAGACUGCUGGCUGCUGAAUUGCCAUUAAACGAUGUUGGAUAGUUGUGAAGUUUGGCACGAUCCAGGCACCGCUGAAGUCAAAGAGUUGUUGUUGUUUGAGUUCAGAGAAAAGGUUCAAAGAAUGGGUAAGAGCCCAUUUUAUCAGUUUCUGUCCGGUUUUGGUGUUUACCUCUUUAGGCAGUGUUAUUACAUGAGUUUUCUUUGUCAGACUUGAUUUUGUCUUGGUGUGAAAAGCCUUUAUAAGAGAUUCCACCUGUCAGUUCACCAAAAUGUCUGAAAUGCCAAUCAAAAUGUUUUUAAAAAUGCUGUUUGGGUUCAGACCUCUCCUGCAGUGUUUCACAUACUGUCCGGAAACCUGUGUUAUGAAGGAAUGAGCAGCUCAGAAGAGUUGUUGAUUUGGAAUCAGUAAUGCUAGGAAGAGGAUUAAAAUGCUCACAAGAAAUGUCUAGAUUUAACUUUGGCAGUAAGAAUGUAUUAUACUUUUUGUGAAUUAGAGCAAAAGCCUAGCUCUUCCUCAGAGUACUGCAGUGGCAAUUAACUCAAGUGAAUACAUUUAACUUCCCUGUUUAGCUUUCUCUCUCCCUUUUGGUUAAAAUCAGUCAUAAGCUGUUGUACCUGUCAGUAUGCACUUUUGCAUAGUUUUGGUUUAUGAAAUAAAUAUAUAAAAUUAGUUAGUGGAGAGAGAGGGGCUGAAACAUGUAUUUGUGUCUUUACCUCUGUUUCUGUUGAACUGUAUCUGACCUUACUCAGUGUUCAAGUUGCAUCACAGUUUCUCCUUUAUCCAGCAGUGUCUUUAAAAUUCCUGCCUUCUGAUUGUUUGUGUUUAUCUGGUCAACAGUUGUAAGUGAAACGUGUCCUCUCUGUAUUUGCCUCCCCUAUCUGUCACACUGCUUCACUGCACCAGAAGUCGCUGUAGCAGUCUAAUGUUGAAGGGACCAAAAAAAAAAAUUUGCGUAAAUAAAGUUCACAAGCAUCA